AAUACGCUACGCGAUGCUAUAUGCUAAUUCAGUAUCACCCGCCACCAAACCUCUCUUCACUCCUUUCUCGCUUCGCUAAAACCCUUCCAAAACCCCUCUCUCUCUCAAACACGCACACAAAUUCGUUGACACUGCUUCUGAAUUAGUCUCUCUCUCUUGAUUGAUUGAUCUUCGAUCAUGUCCAAAUCGUUGGAGCUGAUCAAGGAGCGUGCUUCCAACCCCAAGCUCUGGUUGGUCGUCGGAGUGGGAGUUGCCGGGAUCGUUGUUCUGGCAGAGACACGCCGGAGAAGACGGCGCCGGAACACACACAAACAAGACUUCGGUGCUUUUGUUGAGCGUUUCGAGCUUCUACCAUUUCCUCAGCCUCCACCUCCUGCUGCCAAACAGAUGCUUUCUUCUCUAACUUUUGCCAUCAGCGACAUGUUUGAUGUGAAGGGCUAUGUGACGGGGUUUGGGAAUCCUGACUGGAAGAGGACACAUGAGGAGGCAGAAAAGACUGCGGUUGUGGUUACUGCACUGUUAAAAAAUGGUGCUACUUGUGUUGGCAAAACCGUUAUGGAUGAAUUGUCUAUUGGGAUUUCUGGUGAGAACAACCAUUAUGGAACUCCGACGAAUCCUCAAAUGCCAUCUUGUAUCCCGGGAGGGUCUUCUAGUGGUUCAGCGGUAGCAGUUGCUACUGAGCUUGUUGACUUUGCCAUUGGUACUGAUACUACAGGAUGUGUGAGAAUUCCAGCAUCAUUCUGUGGUAUUUUUGGUUUCCGGUCAUCUCAUGGUACUGUUUCUACUGUUGGAGUUCUUCCAAAUGCACAGAGCUUAGACACUGUGGGAUGGUUUGCCCGUGAUCCGUCUGUCCUGCAUCGUGUUGGACAUGUUUUACUUAAGUUGAAUUCUGCAGAGACCAAAAGGUCAAGAAGCAUUAUAUUUGCUGAUGAUCUCUUUCAGUUAUCUAAAGUCCCUACACAGAAAACAGUAUAUGUUGUUGGUAAAGCUAUUGAGAAUAUGUCUGGGUAUCAAGUUCCAAAGCAUAUGAAUCUUUGUCCGUACAUUGCUUCUAAAGUGCCCAGCCUAAAGCUUCAUCCAGCAUCAACAGACCAAGAAAAUGGAGCAUCUAUAUUGAAAGCUCUUUCUUCAGUUAUGCUUACAUUACAAGGAUACGAAUUUAAAACCAAUCAUGAAGAUUGGGUCAAAUCCAUCAAACCCAAAUUAGGUCGUGAUGUUUUUGAUCGUGUUAUUGCUGCUAUUAAUACUACUCAUGAUAAUAUAAAAACCUUGUAUAAAGUCCGGACUGAGAUGCGAGCUGCAUUUCAAAGUCUACUAAAGGAUGAUGGAAUACUCGUUAUUCCUUCUGUAGCAGACAGUCCAUUAAAGCUUAAUACAAAGAAAGGGUUGUCUUCUGAGUUUCAUGACAGAACUUUUGCAUUGUCGAGCAUUGCUAGCGUGUCUGGAUGUUGUCAGGUUACAGUUCCAUUAGGUUCUCAUAAUGGUGGUUGUGUUUCUGUUUCAUUCAUCUCAUUCCACGGGGCUGAUAAAUUUCUGCUUGAUACGGUCUUGGAUAUGUAUUCAACUCUUCAAGAGCAAGUUAGUGUUGCUUCCUAUUCUUUGCCACUACCAGAUACCAAUGGCAACAUUGAAACUUCUGAGCUUCUAAAGGAGAAGGGAAAUGCAGCCUUUAAAGGAAGCCAGUGGAAUAAGGCACUCAAUUACUACACUGAGGCUAUCAAACUGAAUGGCAUGAAUGCGACUUACUACUGUAACCGAGCGGCUGCUUACUUAAAGUUAGCAUGUUUUCAGCAAGCAGAAGAUGACUGCAAUAAUGCAAUUUUGAUUGAUAAGAAGAAUGUGAAGGCGUAUCUAAGACGUGGAGCUGCUAGAGAAUCACUACUACGCUAUAAGGAGGCCCUUGAAGAUUUCAAGCAUGCGCAAGUUCUUGAACCACAGAACAAGGAUGCUAGUAAGGGUGAGAGAAGAGUCAGAAAAUCGAUGGCUUGAUCAUUGGUGUUGUUUCUACCUAGAUGAUCGAGAGAAUUUCAGAAUUUGUAUAAAUUGUGAUUGAUUGUCUCCUUUUUCUAGGAGGAGUUAAAGAAAGAUGAGCCUCUGUUGAUGAUGAUGAGGUGCUGCAUUUUUGGUUUCUACAUGUUUGUGUAUAUCUUUGUUAGAACUCUUAUUUGGUGAAUGCCAAUAAUGCCAGAUUAGUGUGUGUACAAGUUUGCCUUAUGGCGGGUACAGAGCACUUUGUUC